UCGGAUGCGUCAGGAUAUUUAUUAGUAUAACUCUGAUUGUGUUCAUCAGAGAGAAGAAAGUCAUAUAUACCUAGGGUGGGGGGGACUUUUUCAAUUGAAUGAUUAUGGAAAAUUUUACUUAUUUUGUAAGGGUAGUUUUUAUGCAAGUAAAACCAUCAUUCAUUGGUUAAAUCGGGUCAUGUGAACUGAAAAUGAAGCACAGGUGAGUCUUAUUUGUUUGUUUUUGUUAGAGGAACUCAUUUAAAUUCAUCAAAAGAGUGCCAGUCAUUCUGCCCAGGAUUGUUUGUUUGUGUGUGUAGUUCAGACAAGAGAAGAGGUUGGGCUACAUUAGUUUGACAGAGCCCUAUCUCUCAGUUAGUCCACCCUCCACUGCCUAUGAUAUGCUCCGUCUGACGUCACGCGGCGUUAUCAGCAUCCCGUCAGACUAAUGCACUGAAGAGUCCUGCUCAAAACUGACCCGUUCAGUGCUGGGACGCAAAUGCGCUGACUCCAUUUCUCUGGUGUUAAAGCACAGGUUGACCGCAGGUCAAUCAGAUUAUUGGGUAAAAUGGAUUGUGACGUCAGGGUUUAGAAAGCGUCGCGUUGACUUCACCGCACAGCAGACGAGCGCUUUAUCCUGACGCGAACAGACCGAGCCGCUCUCCUCCUGCAGACAGACACCAGCAUGAGUCCGAAAACAGCGACCUGAAGGACAAACACAGCAGAAUGGCCGCGUAUCUGGAGAUAGCUGAUGACAGCAAAGGGCACGAACUGAGUCUUUUCUGUGUGCCGAAACACUAUGAGGAGGAUUUGGACAGUGUCAUAAUACCCAACGGCCUCAUUAAGGACAGGACUGAGAGGUUGGCCAGAGAUAUCGUUCGGGAUAUGGGAGGACAUCAUAUCGUGGCUCUUUGCGUUCUGAAAGGAGGGUAUAAGUUCUUUGCAGACCUGAUGGAUUACAUCAAGACACUGAAUCAAAACAGCGAUAAGUCUGUGCCAUUGACUGUGGAUUUCAUUAGGCUAAAGAGCUAUUCGAAUGACCAGUCUACAAACUGUGUGAAGGUUAUUGGAGGAGAUGAAUUAUCUGCUCUUUCUGGCAAAAAUGUGCUCAUAGUCGAGGACAUUGUGGAGACAGGAAGAACUAUGGAAACGCUACUCAAAUUAUUAAAUGAAUGUCAUCCUAAAAUGGUGAAAGUUGUCAGUUUACUGGUGAAAAGGACGCCCAGGAGCUCAGGAUACCGUCCCGACUAUAUCGGAUUUGAAGUUCCUGACAAGUUCCUGGUGGGAUAUGCUUUAGACUACAAUGAAUAUUUCAGGGAUUUGAGUCAUAUCUGUAUAAUAAGUGACAGCGCAAAAGAGAAAUAUAAAGUAUGAAAUGACACCGAGUGCUGGACGCACGAAGACAAAGAUCACUGUGAACCUUUCUUUUGCUUGUAAAUUUAUUUUUGUACAUGCCAUCUGAAAUGAAUAAUGAACUCAUGAAACAUGGAUUCCCAAAGAUAAAUGAUCACACUUCUAGUGCUGCGGCGAAGGAUGAAUGUUUUUUUGUUUAGAAGAGUUAAUAGUUAAUCUCAUUUUAAUUGAUAACGGGACUUGCCAUACACUUUUUGAUUGUUUGAACAGAGGCCUUCGAUGAACUGAUUUCAUGUUCAUUUGGCUAAUAGACGUUUGGCUUUAGAGCUCAGAGGUUAUGAAGUUACUCAUUGUCAGCUAGUUAUUGUUAUUUAUUAUAUAUUCUCUAGAUAUUGACUCCAGAAUAUACACACAUUGAGAAUUGAUGUGCAGCUCAUGAAGGAUUUUUGUUUUUGACCACUACAAUGAAAUAACACUGACAUUAUUAUUUUUGUCCUGGUUGUUUUUAUAAGCAUGUUGAUGUGAUAACAGUCUGUCAAUUAGCUGAGGUGUGUGAUUGUGUAAUAUUUACCUGUUUACUGCCACCAAAACUCUAGAAGUUGAAGAGCUGUUAUGAAAGAAGAAAGCUACUCAAUGAAACUAAGCAAUAAAGUAGUGUACAAAGGUC